AUUCUUUAUAAAGUUUUUCUUGAUCUCGUCCUACAAUCCAAAAAAUCUAGCCUGCCUGAUCUCAUCCUCGAAUGCUAGGCACAACGAAUACAUUGACAUAAUAGCCCCUGAUAUAUCUUGACAGCUGCACGCCUUGUACAUUCCACACACCGAUACUUGUACUCAGGUUAGACAACAGGAUGCCUCCAAGGAGACAGGGCGAGAGCAGUAGCUCAAUCACAGAGGGUCUUCCCCUCAGCAAUAAAAAGGAAGCAAUGGCACAAAUUCUGGAUCGACUCGUGAGUCUCACAGACAAGAGUGGGCGGCUGAUCGCGGAUCUUUUCAUGGAGCUGCCGGAUCGGGAGGAAUAUCCAGACUACUAUAUGACAAUAAAGAAUCCAAUAGCAUUCGAUGUCAUUAGAGAUCGCUUGGAGGCUGGAGCAUAUGACGUCGACAACAUCACUCAUUUUGCCAAAGAUCUCAGGACAUUGACCGCAAAUGCCAAGGAGUAUAAUCGUAAAGGAUCACCUAUUCAUAGGGAUGCGAUCACAUUAGAGAACCACAUUGAAGCCGCUAUGCAAGUCCUACUAGAGGAUGGAAACCACCAGGAAGAUCAAGAGAAGUUUUCAAUCGAUUUUUGUAACCGUGUAUUGAAAACAAUCAAGAACCACAAGGAUGGGAGUGGCCGCUUGAUGUCUGAACUGUUUUUAGAGUUGCCGAGCCAUGAAGAGUAUCCGGACUAUUAUGAAGAGAUUGCUCGUCCUAUUGCACUGGAUGGAAUCAAGAAGAAGAUCAACAGCGGUGCCUACAAGACCCUAGGAAGCUUUGAAGAUGACUUUGAAUUGAUGUUUGAGAAUGCAAAACAGUACAAUGCUGAAGGAUCGGAUGUUUAUUUGGAUGCUGAAGAGCUGCAGCAAUUAUUCUGGAAGGAGAUUGGUAAAGAUGGGAAAGGUCAUUCAAAGAACAAGCACGGAAGAAAGCAUGCUAAGGAAUUGACUCAAGUGGCACAUAAUGGUGUGAGUUAUCAUAUUGGCGAUUUUGUCCACCUUCGGAAUGAUCAGGAUCUAUCCAAACCAAUCAUUGCUCUUAUCUUCAACCUCUGGGAAGACGAAAAUGGGAAGACUGGGCUGGAUGCUACUUGGUUUCUGCGGCCUGAACAGACCGUCCACCCCUAUUCUAGUCGAUUCUAUCCUUCUGAAGUCCUCAAAGCAUCAGGAUCACACGAGCAUUUGGUAGAUGAGAUCCAAGAAAAGUGCUUCGUGCUUUAUACAAGAGAUUAUAUUCGUGGAAGACCAAUUGAGUGGAAGCAGGGGCAGAGUAUCUAUCUAUGUGAACAACGUUAUAACGAAACUUACAAAUCAGUUUCCAAGAUCAAGAACUGGGCUAGCUGUCUACCUCCGGGUCACAAACCCAGUGAUAUGAAGUUAAACUUGUUUCCUGAGCCGCUUGUCCUCAAAAAGUUGCCCAGUGCGUCCAUGGUAGACAGAGCAGGGAAGCAUGAUUCGAGCGAGGCUACAUCGCGCUCCAGCACACCACAGGAUAUUUCAUUAAGCUCCAGGUCUGCUUCGACUGGAGGUAUCAAGCGUAAUUCGCUUAAUCAACAUAUAAGUUCUACUCAGAAAGCGCACCCAACGCAGCACACACCACCUCAGCAAUGGGUUCGGUGUAACUACUCAAGCUUGAGCACUGGAUUGCAAUGCUCGGCCGUAUUUUCAACCCAAGCUGAUCUUCAGCGACAUGUGGCCACAGAGCAUGCCAUUAUCCAGCAUGUAUCAGCGCCCCCAGCAAUGAAGCGUGGGCGUCCCAGGAAAAAUCCCCUUCCAGCAACAGCUGCAGCACCCACACCCGGAAACACCCAAUCCAGUACACCGCAACAACCUGCGAUGAACCAGACAGUAACAUAUCCACAACAAGCGUACAAUCCUUACAACCCACCUGGACAAUAUGGUGCACCUCCGCGACCGGGCAUGCAGGGUCAAAUGAUGCAGCCUGGUAUGACUUAUCAACAACAGCCCCAGAUGCACCUUAUCCAGCAGCAGCAGCAGCCACAGCAACAGCAACGGAAUGCAUCAUAUCAUCAGCCUCCUCUCAGUCAGCCACUUCAGUCUGGACAGCCCCGAUCUCAAACAUAUCCACAGGGAGGUGUUUAUAGCCAGCCGUAUCCACAACAACAGCCACCACAUUCGCAGCAUGCGCAGUAUGCUCAGCAACAGCCAUUCAAUCAGUCUCAAUUUUCACCAGGGUUCCCCUCACCAGGCUAUCCUCAACAACAACCACAAUAUACGAGUCCUUUUACACCUCAGCAGCAACAGCAAUUUAUGAUGCAGCAACAGUCGCAGCAACAUCCGACUCAACAGGUUCAGCAACAGCCUUUUGGGCAGCCUUAUCCCAAUCAGUCGCCACAUCUGCAACAACAGCUCGUACAGCAACAGCAGCUUGCUCAACAGCAACAACUUGCUCAGCAACAACACCUUGCUCAACAGCAACAGCUUGCUCAGCAGCAACAGUUAGUCCAACAACAACAACUGGCUCAACAACAACAAUUGGCCCAACAACAACAGCUGGCUCAGCAACAGCAACUGGCUCAGCAACAGCAACUGGCCCAACAACAACAGCUCGCUCAGCAACAACAGCAGCAACAACAGCAGCAACAGCAAAUAGCCCAACAGCAGAUAUUGGCAAAGCAGGUUAUGCAACAGCAGCAACAACAACAACAGCAGCAGCAGCAGCAGCAACAACAACAACAACAACAGGCCUUGCAGCAACAACAAAAAAAUAUAGUACAAUUACAGCAGCAGCAACAGUCCCCUAUGCAUUCUCCACCAUUCCAGCAGCAACAUAUAUCAACAACCUCCUCUCCACAGCAGCCUUCCAAGCCUCUACCUCAGCAACCACAGCCUCUACAGCAGCAGGCAGCCGUCCUUCUUCAGCAACAGCCAUCAUCCCAGCUGGGUUCGCCUGUGCCAUUCAACAGCCAUGCGAGGACUAAUUCUAUUGGCUCCCCUCACAUGGCUGGAUCAAGCGUACCAACUACUUCUGCAGCACCUCUUAGUACUACUCCAUCAGAAGGUGGCGCGAUAUUAGGGCUAACUAGCAUGAAUGUCAACACCAAUAACGCAGAUCAUGGACGACUAUCACCAGCGCUCAAGGAAGGCGCUUCAACAACAUUACCAACCAAAGCUACUGAAUGCUUUGCACAUAAUGACAAGGGCCAAGUAUUGUGGUUUGCGGGGCCACCGCUAGAUGUUGUACCAGUACCCAAGCCUCAUCAUUCAAUGGAGUACUUGACUAAGCGACAGAAGCUAAUGAACAAGAAGAUGCACGAAGUUGGCACGCUUAAUAGCACUCUUACUGGUGUUACAAGAUCAACGAUGGAUACGAGCAGCGAUGAGGAGAAUAUUGGUAGAAUGGAUGCUAUUGUAAAUGUAGACGAGGUACUCCCGACUAUUCUACAAGGCUUAGAAGUACUCAAAGAUCAAUUGAAUCAAGAUGCUCAAAUCAUUCAGAGUGCUUAGUCCUUGCUACUCUAGUC